UUUCGUUCUUUUCACCACGAGACAUCAACCAUGCCACAGGUCCAGAAGAAAGUGUCAAAGUCCAGUGCAGGCAAAAGAGGGAAAGGCAAGAAGAAGAGUGCCUUGAAGUACACCAUUGACUGUACCCACCCAGUCGAGGAUGGAAUCAUGGAUGUUGUCAGCUUUGAGAAAUUCUUACAAGAGAGAAUCAAAGUGAACGGCAAGACUAGCAACAUGGGAACCAAUGUUGUCCUGGAGAGGAACAAGAACAAAGUCAACCUCACUUCUGACAUCCCAUUCUCAAAAAGAUAUCUGAAAUACUUGACAAAGAAGUACUUAAAGAAGAAUAAUCUGAGAGAUUGGUUACGAGUUGUUGCUAGCAACAAGGAUUCUUAUGAACUCAGAUACUUCCAGAUCAAUAACGAGGAUGAGGAGGAAGAAGAUGGCGACGAGUAACCAUAGCAACUGUUAUUUAAUGUAAUAAAGUUGUUGGUCAGCAGAA